AUGAUACCAUCUAAUACGAUUUGUGUUUCUCAAGAAGGGCCGGCCAACGCUUUGGCUUUAAAUAAAGAUUGCACCCAAGUCGUGAUCGCUGGACGCAAUGUGUUUAAAGUAUUUUCUAUAGGUGAAGAUGAAUUCUCUGAAGUGUGUAACUUGAGAGUUGGAAAAAAUUUAAAUCUAAAUUUUUCUUCCAUUGAUGUUGCUUGGAGUACGCUUGAAGAAAACACUCUUGCAACGGCAGCAACAAAUGGGGCAGUGGUGGUGUGGAACCUGGGUCGCUCUGGGAGGUCUAAACAAGAACACGUAUUCUCAGAUCACAAGAGAACUGUUAAUAAGGUUAGUUUUCACCUAACUGAACCAUCUCUGCUUAUAUCUGGGUCCCAAGAUGGGAUGAUGAAAUGUUUUGAUCUUCGGAUGAAGGAGGUAGCUCGAACAUUUAUAAGUAACACAGAGUCGAUUCGCGACGUGCAGUUCAGCCCGCAUACGGCGCACGUUUUAGCCGCGGUGUCGGAAAAUGGCACCGUUCAGCUCUGGGACUCUCGGCGACACGAACGGCCUCUGCACCAAUUCACGGCCCACUCGGGGCCCGCCUUCGCCUGCGACUGGCACCCCGACGUGCCUUGGCUCGCUACGGCCUCCCGCGACAAGACUAUCAAGGUUUGGGACAUCCACGCGAAACCUAAUUUGGAGCACACCAUACACACGAUAGCCUCCGUCGGACACGUCAAGUGGAGACCGCAGAAAAAGUACCAGGUGGCAUCGUGCGCGCUGGUGCUGGACUGCGCCGUGCACGUGUGGGACGUGCGGCGGCCGCACGUGCCGCUGGCCACGUUCGCCGAGCACCGCGACGUCACCACGGCCAUCGCCUGGGUGGCCUCGCCCGACGUGUUCCUGUCGACGAGCCGCGACUGCAGCCUCUACCGGCACCGCUUCGCCGAGGCGGCGCAUCCCGUGCUGUGGGCCAACCCGCAGGGCGUCGCCGUAUCGGCGCGGGGCCAGGUGGCUCACGCGUCGCCCGACCGCCCGCUGCCCGCCGGACUCGCCGCGCCGCGAGCCCCGCCUCCGCCGCACGCGCCCUUCCCGCGGAAGCAGCCGACGGCGGGGUCGCUCGGCGCGGGCGCACAGGCGGCGCUGGAGGUGGCCUUCGCCGGGGGAGCCGCCAGUACCCUGCGGCGCCACGACGUGAGGCCGCUCGACGACGCCGUCGUCGGCGCGGCGCGACGCUUCCGCUUCCACGGCGACCCGCCGCACGUCCUCGCCAAGCACAACGCCCGGGUGGCGCGACACUACGGCCGGUUCAUGACGGCGCACGUGUGGGAGGUGGUGGGCGCCGUGUACUCGGCUCGGUCGUCGAGCGGCCCGCCCCCGGCACCGCCGCCGCCCCGCGAUCCUCCUCCCCGCCCGGACCCCGCGCCGCCGACCCCUUCGCACGACGGCGUCGAGGAGGAGCGUGAGGAGGAGACGGAGGAGUGGGAGAGCCGCAGCCACAAGCACAGCGGGGUGCUGGGCCUGCCCACGCACACCAUCUACGUGCCGCCGAAUCGGGCCAGAUCGCAAUCGGAGGACGGUUGGGUGUCUGCGGCGUCACUGCACUUCGUGGACGUCGAGGCGGCCGAGUGGACGCUGCCGGAGGAGGCCUUCGCGCUGCGCCCUCCCCCGCCGCCCGACGAGCCCGACCACGACCACAACGGUACGCCUCGAGCCUCGCGAGCGACCGUCGUCUGCGACCAUCCUUCCGAAUUAACGUCGAAACCGGGCGCAGAGGCGGCCAACUCGAGCGGACAGUCGGCCGCGGCGGGAGCGCCCGACUCCCCGGCCGGCUCCACGGGCUCCGGCUCGCACCCGCCCGCGCCCACCUCGCCCGCCCCGCAUCCACCGGCUCCGGGGCCCCUCGGCGACGAGGGAGACGCGGACGGCGACGCGACCGGCGGCGCCGCCGAGGGGCGCGGCCGCGUCGACCUGGCGCCUCUGCUCGCGAGCGCGCUGCACCUGCACGCCGCGCUGGGCGACGUGCAGACGGCGGCCACCGUGCUGCUCGCGCUGCAGGAGCACCGCGGGGAGCUGCUGGCGUACAUCGACGAGCCCACGCAGGAGCAGUGGCUGCUGGGCUACAUGGAGCUGCUGCAGCGGCACAAGGCGUGGGGGGUGGCCGGGCAGGUGGGUCGCGGCGCGUGGCUGGGCGGCGUGUGGGCGCUGUCGCAGCAGUCGACGAGCGUGGCCGUGUGCUGCGGGCGCUGCGGCCGGCGGACACGCGGCGCCGGCUGCGACCGCUGCGCGGGGCGCGUGCCGGGCGAGCUGUGCGCCGUGUGCCGCCAGCCCGUGCGUGGACUGUAUGCCUGGUGCCAGGGCUGCUCGCACGGCGGCCACCUGCAUCACAUGCGCCGCUGGCUGCUCGAACACGACCUGUGCCCGGCCGGCUGCGCGCACCGCUGCCAGCUCGGCUGA